UUCUCUUUCUCUCUUUAAAAAUUUACUUUUUGUCUCUGUAAUUUUAUAUUCCAAGAAAUGAACAAAAUGGUGUCACAGAUCAAGACCAAUGACCUUAACACAGAGAACCCGUCUAGUGGAAAGCUGGGUCUUUGAAGAAAGGAAUCAUUCACCAACAAACGCUAACAAAGACACUGUUGUUAUUAUUAUAAUUAUUGUUAUUGUUCUUUUUUUUAAUAAAAUACUUUUGUCCAAUUUCUCAUUUUCUCUUAUUAUUUUAUCGUUUAUUGGCAUUUCUAAAAUUCUUUUUCUAUUUCUUUAUCUCUCCUCUCUUUCUUUCUCUCUCUGUCAUUAAUACUAUAAUGGGAUGUGAGGUUGUUUGGUGUUUCUUGUAACGGGAGCCUACAAGAGUGGGCUAAAGCUGUGAAAGAGAGCGAGUGAGGGAGAGAGUUAAAGAGAGCUUUGUGCUUAGUGGGUUUUGAGUGAUGAAUGAAGAAAAGGGGUUGAUACAGUGAAGGUACUGAGUUGAGUUUCAAAGCUUUCUAUUUUUGGCUUCAUGGAAACGAAAGGGAGACUCAUUGCAGGUUCUCACAACAGAAACGAGUUUGUUCUCAUCAAUGCUGAUGAGAUUUCAAGAGUGACUUCUGUUGAAGAACUGAGUGGGCAAAUUUGCCAGAUCUGUGGGGAUGAGAUAGAGUUUACAAGAGAUGGGGAGCCUUUUGUUGCUUGUAAUGAAUGUGCAUUCCCUGUUUGUAGACAUUGCUACGAGUAUGAAAGAAGAGAGGGAAACCAAGCCUGUCCUCAAUGCAAAACCAGAUAUAAGCGAAUUAAAGGGAGCCCUAGAGUUGAAGGGGAUGAAGAAGAGGAAGAUAUAGAUGAUUUGGAGAAUGAGUUUGAUAUUUCUGCUCAUGACAGAAGAGACCCUCAACAUAUUGCUGAGGCUAUGCUCUCUGCUCACCUUAAUAUCGGCAGGAGUACACAUGCAAAUGUUUCAGAGUUUGGAACACCAUCUGAGUCGGAUUCUGUUUCUGCAGCUCCUGGGAUUCCUCUCCUCACUUAUCGUGAAGAGGAUGUUGGUAUUUCCUCUGAUAAGCAUGCCCUUAUUAUACCACCAUUUUGUGGGAAACGGAUUCACCCAUUGCCAUUUCCUGAUUCACCAAUGUCUUUACCACCAAGGGCAAUGGAUCCUAAGAAAGACUUGGCAGUGUAUGGGUAUGGAACCAUUGCAUGGAAGGAGAGAAUGGAGGAGUGGAAGAAAAAGCAGAAUGAAAAACUUCAGGUGGUUAAGCAUCAAGGUGGAAAGGAUGGUGGAGAUGAAUUGGAUGAUCCUGAUUUGCCAAUGAUGGAUGAAGGGAGGCAGCCUCUAUCAAGGAAGUUACCGAUCUCAUCCAGCAAGAUAAAUCCUUAUAGAAUGAUAGUUAUUCUCCGGCUUGCAAUUCUUGGCCUCUUCUUUCACUACAGAAUUCUCCACCCUGUCAAUGAUGCUUAUGGAUUGUGGCUAACGUCGAUAAUUUGUGAAAUAUGGUUUGCCAUAUCUUGGAUAUUUGAUCAGUUCCCUAAAUGGUACCCCAUUAAGCGUGAAACAUAUCUUGAUCGAUUAUCAUUGAGGUAUGAGAAAGAGGGGAAACCAUCUGAGUUGGCUGCUAUAGACAUAUUUGUUAGUACUGUUGAUCCUUUGAAAGAACCUCCACUCAUUACUGCAAACACAGUUUUGUCCAUUCUUUCUGUAGAUUAUCCAGUAGACAAAGUUGCGUGCUAUGUCUCAGAUGAUGGUGCUGCCAUGCUUACCUUUGAAGCACUCUCAGAAACAUCCGAAUUUGCAAGAAAGUGGGUCCCUUUCUGCAAGAAGUUCAAAAUUGAACCCAGGGCCCCAGAAUGGUACUUUGCCCAGAAGGUUGACUAUUUGAAAGAUAAAGUAGAUCCAACAUUCAUUAGGGAACGCCGUGCCAUGAAGAGAGAAUAUGAAGAGUUUAAAGUUCGAAUAAAUGGAUUGGUUGCCAUGGCACAGAAGGUUCCUGAGGAUGGUUGGACAAUGCAGGAUGGGACUCCUUGGCCUGGGAAUAAUGUCAGGGAUCAUCCUGGAAUGAUUCAGGUUUUCUUGGGUCGUAACGGUGUUCAUGAUCUUGAAGGAAAUGAAUUGCCUCGUCUAGUUUAUGUGUCUCGUGAGAAGAGACCAGGAUUUGAUCACCACAAAAAGGCCGGGGCAAUGAAUGCUUUGGUGAGGGUAUCUGCAAUCAUAACAAAUGCUCCAUACCUUCUGAAUGUUGAUUGUGAUCACUAUAUAAACAACAGUAAGGCACUUCGUGAAGCCAUGUGCUUUAUGAUGGAUCCAACAUCUGGAAAGAAAGUAUGUUAUGUACAAUUUCCUCAAAGAUUUGAUGGGAUUGACCGUCAUGAUAGAUACUCCAAUCGGAAUGUUGUAUUCUUUGAUAUCAACAUGAAAGGAUUGGAUGGGAUCCAAGGUCCUAUAUAUGUUGGUACUGGAUGUGUCUUCAGGAGGCAGGCACUUUAUGGAUAUGAUGCGCCCAUCAAGAAGAAGCCACCAGGGAAGACGUGUAAUUGCUGGCCAAGAUGGUGUUGUUGCUGCUGUUGCAAAUCUAGAAAGAAGAAGAAUAAGAAAGCAAAAUCAAAUGAGAAAAAGAUGAAGAACAAGGAGGCUAACAAGCAGAUAUAUGCAUUAGAAAAUAUCGAGGAGGGUAUUGAAGGAAUAGAUAAUGACAAAUCAGAGUUAAUGUCCCAAGUAAAAUUUGAGAAAAAAUUUGGACAGUCACCAGUUUUUAUAGCAUCAACUCUCAUGGAAGAAGGCGGUAUUCCAAAAGAAGCAACUUCUGCAUCUCUUUUGAAAGAGGCUAUUCAUGUCAUUAGCUGUGGAUAUGAAGACAAAACUGAAUGGGGAAAAGAGGUCGGGUGGAUCUAUGGUUCUGUCACUGAGGAUAUAUUGACAGGCUUCAAGAUGCAUUGCCAUGGUUGGCGAUCUGUAUAUUGCAUACCAGACAGACCUGCAUUUAAGGGAUCAGCUCCAAUAAACCUUUCAGAUCGUCUACACCAGGUUCUCCGAUGGGCACUAGGUUCUGUCGAGAUUUUGUUGAGUAGGCAUUGUCCAAUAUGGUAUGGAUAUGGGAAUGGAUUGAAACCGCUGGAGCGCUUUUCAUACAUAAACUCAGUUGUGUACCCAUUGACAUCAAUUCCCUUGCUUGUCUACUGUACAUUGCCAGCUGUUUGCCUUGUUACGGGGAAAUUCAUUGUCCCUGAGAUAAGUAACUAUGCAGGUCUCAUUUUCAUAGCCCUCUUCAUUUCCAUAGCUGCAACUGGCAUACUUGAAAUGCAAUGGGGAGGUGUUGGCAUACAUGACUGGUGGAGAAAUGAGCAGUUUUGGGUGAUUGGUGGAACCUCAUCCCAUCUAUUUGCUCUUUUUCAAGGUCUGCUUAAGGUCUUGGCAGGUGUUAAUACUAAUUUUACAGUUACUUCUAAAGCAGCAGAUGACGGGGAAUUUUCCGAGCUCUACGUGUUUAAAUGGACAUCCCUGUUGAUCCCUCCCAUGACCUUGCUUAUCAUAAACAUAAUCGGCAUCAUGGUCGGAGUUGGAGAUGCCAUUGGUAACGGUUAUGAUUCAUGGGGUCCACUCUUUGGUAGGUUAUUCUUUGCUGUCUGGGUCAUUGCCCAUCUUUAUCCAUUCCUCAAAGGACUGAUGGCGAAACAAGACCGGGUUCCCACCAUUGUUGUUGUCUGGGCGAUACUUCUAGCUUCAAUAUUCUCACUUUUGUGGGUUCGGGUCAACCCAUUUUUGUCGAAAGAUGGUAUUGUGUUAGAAAUUUGUGGGCUAAAUUGUGACUAAGGUACAUGAUAUAGAAGGUUAGAUUUUGAGUUUAAAUGUAGAAAGUCAUUUUAGGCAUGCAUAAGAAAGCUAUAUUUUUCAUGAUAGUUGAAAGGCAUCCUUUAAAACAGUUUGGUUCUUCUUCAAUAAGCUCUCGAGGAAAAUUAGGGUGGGGGGUGGUGUAGAUAUAAGGGCAUAGACAUAUAGUCACCUGUUUUGCCUAUUUGAUAUUCAUUCUUUUGAUACAUGUGGAUUUUCUGGUUGCUAUUAGUUCUGUCUGUAAUUUCAGAGAACAAGCUUUCACAUAAAUUAUAUACCAUAAUCCCCUUCUCAAGGAAGAACAAAUACAAAAUUGCUUCUUUUCUUGGAA